AUGUACAAAGCGGAACUUACCAAAAGGGCAGAAAUUCCAAGAGAUUUCUGAAAUUCCAAGUAAUUCCACACUCUCCACCUUAAACUAACUUUCUGGGAGGCGAGUGUCAGGUAGAGAGUGUGAAAUUUGGAAGGAAUCCGAGUUCGGAUUGUUUUUCCGCGGACCGAAUUCAUUUUUAAUCUGAAGAUUAAUAUUUCAUACUUGUAUUAAUUCAAUUAUAAACGCUUCAGGUGAUAUGUUUAUAUGAUAUUUAAGUCCUUUAGUUUGUGACGUAUGAAGUGUUAUAGUGAAGAAACCAGGAAUGAUGAGUUGCAAGAAAACUUUAAACAAAGAGAAGUGAAAAAAGUCAAAAAAGUGAAGUGAGAAGAAAAAGAAAAUAUUGUUUGAGAAAAUUUUGAAUAAAGAUAGAAUUCUAAUAAGUUUUAAAUUUUUCAUCAGAAACUUGAAAGUUUAUAAUUUCUUUAAAAUAUAAACGAAGAAAAUAUUUUCACACGACACAACAGUGAAGAAAAGCUAUUUGUUCAAGAACUGGUAAAUUAAAUUGAUAUUCAUCACUCUGAAAAGAGUGAUAAAGCUUCACUUUAAAUAACCUGACGAAGAUAAGAAAAUCACUCAUCUAGUAAAGGAUUAAAUAAAUCAAUCUGAUGCAAUAAGAAGAGGAUAAUCAACUAUAUUCACUCCAAAAAAUUUUUUAAAGACAAGGUCUAAAAUCAACAACUUAAAAUUGUAAUAAUCAGCCAUGGGGAAGUUUAAUGGCAAAAAGUGUCGCCUUUUGACAGUGAUGUCACUAACAAUAAGCUUCUUCUUCGUGGAAAUCGUCACUGGAUAUAUAACAAAUUCAAUGUCACUCGUAGCUGAUUCAUUUCAUAUGUUAGGUGAUAUUGCAGCACUUGUGAUAUCGUUUCUUUCAGUUAAGAUGUCACCGAAGAAAUGGAGUAAAAAUACCUUUGGAUGGGCACGUGCUGAAGUUCUUGGUGCACUCAUUAAUGCUGUUUUUCUCGUAGCGCUUUGUUUUAGCAUAUCAGUUGAAUCAAUUAAACGUUUCAUUCAUCCAGAAAUAAUACAUGGUGCUGAAAAUAUUCUGUUUGUUGGUUUCAUUGGACUUAUGGUGAACGUUGUGGGACUUUGUCUUCUUUAUGACAGCGGUGGACAUGGACAUAGUCACGGUCAUAAUAAAUUGUCACAAUUAUCAUCUGUUGAUGACAACGAAAAUGAAGAUUAUAUCUUCGGUGAGCCGCACAAAGUUAAAGCACCCUCACCAGUGAAGAAAGCAUCGUCAGGUCACGGUCAUAGUCAUUCACACAGUGCUGGACAAAUGAAUAUGCGAGCUGCAUUUUUACAUGUGUUAAGUGAUGCACUUGGAUCUGUGAUUGUAAUGAUAAGUGCUGUUAUCAUAAAAUACAGUGAAUGGGAAUAUAAAUUUUACUGUGAUCCUGCAAUGUCAAUGCUUCUUGUUGUUUUAAUUCUUCAUUCGGUAUGGCCUUUGCUACGUGAAUCAGCUUUGAUUCUUCUUCAAACAGUUCCAACUCACAUUGAAGUUGACGCGAUUCAACGACGACUCUUGGAACGCGUCGAUGGUGUUCUUGCAAUUCAUGAGUUUCAUGUAUGGCAAUUGGCUGGUGAUAGAAUUAUCGCAUCAGCUCAUAUAAGAUGUCGUAAUUUGAGUGAAUAUAUGAAACUUGCUGAGAAAGUCAAAGAAUUUUUUCAUAAUGAAGGCAUACAUUCAACCACAAUACAACCUGAAUUCAUAGAAAUUGAAACAUUGAAUAGUUGCACAACAUCUGAUGGAAUUUCGACAAAUUUGAAUAUCAACGGGAAAGAAGAAGGAUGCGUACUUGAUUGUCCUAACAUAGAUGAAAAUUGUGUCAAAGCAACAUGUUGCCAAAAUGUUAACAAUAAGGCUCAACAGCCAAGUCCAUCAUCAUCGCCCUACUUGUGCCGGCAACGUCAACGGAAUAAUGUUGAGAACAAUGAAGCGGGAGAAAAAGGUUCUCUUCUUCAAAAUGUACAAGCCCACCCCGUAAUCGGCUCUAUGACUAACCCAGCACAACAAUCUGCAUCAGAAAAUCAAACAAAUCUCUUGGUUUGACCACUGAAUUCCACUAUCAACGAAAGUAAACAAUGUUUAAUUAAAUGAGAAUUUGUGUGAGAAAAUUGAGUUUGACUGCUAUAACAUAACAACGUUAGGAAGAGUAAUAAGAGAAACACUUCUGGAGGCUGUGACCGUAACAUGGAAACAAAGAAGGAAAAUGUUGACCUUGGAUCAAUUUCAGAAUUAUCACUUUAAUUAAAGUCUUCAUAAUUAACAGAAUCACUAUCAUCAUCAAGAAAGAAUAGGAAAAUGGUAGAUUCUUACUUAAAUGCGGUUUUUAAGUACAUAAAAUAAUUUAAACAGAACGAAAUGAAAUCAAAUUUAUUUUUUAUAAAUUAGGUAUAAAUUAUUUAACUUUAACUUCAAAUGAAUCCUCCGUCAUAUGGAGAUAAUUUUAUUGCUAAAAAUAUUAUCUAAUUGUGCUUUUUUUUAACAAAACUUGUUCAAUACAAUCUCAAAGAAAAUAAUCAAAAAAAAUGCAAUUAAAUUUUUCAACCAAGUUUUUUUAGCUGUUUUCUAAAUUCCUUUAACUUCACAUUUAUCGAAUUAACUUUCGAACAACAGCCAAAGAUAACAUUAAAAUAAAUGAAAAUGAUUUUAAUAGAUAUUUAUAUAUCAUGAAUCAUUAAUGACUAUCCCUAUCAUCUUUCUCUAAGGAUCAUAAAUUAAAUAAAAAAUAUGAAUUUAGAAAAAAAAUAUCUGUUAAUAUCUGAGGUUUCUUAAUGCUACCUUACGAAUUUAAGUCAGUCGAUGAAUACAAAAGAAAAUCAUUAACGAGAGAAAUAUCUAUAUUAAUACAUAAUAACAUUCUAAAUGUUAAUUUUCUCAACAAAAACUCAAGUUGAUUUUCAUAUUUUAUAGAAAUAGAUUCUAAAUUACUAUAAAAACUACCUAUAAAAAAAUAAAUUUAAGUAAGAUGAAGAAGAAAAAUGAAAAUCUUCUGCGCAAUAGAAUUUAACUACCUAGUUUGAAAAUUUAUACUUUUUAUAUACUCGCAGCAUAUUUAAUUACCUUGUUAUACUUUACUAAGGUGAAAACAGUAUAACUUCUGUAGGUUUAAUCGAUUGUCAUGACUUUAUGUCAACUUAUGUUCCAAACAUUUGAAGGAUAAAAUAUACAUUUUUGAGA